CCGGACGAAGACCCGAGGUGUGAAGACGACAGCCAAGCGACUGACUCUCUUCUGUCUGUAAAUAUGAAUGUUGAAAGACUUCCCAAUGAGAGAAAAUUGGCCAUAUGCAGGAAAUACUUUAUGGCUGGAUUUGCGCUUUUGCCCUUUAUGUGGGCUGUGAAUGCCAUUUGGUUCCUGAAGGAGGCAUUUUGGGCAACACCUUAUCCUGAGCAGAAGCAGAUUCGAACCUAUGUCAUAGUCUCUGGUAUCGGGGCCAUUGUAUGGCUCGUUGGAUUAAUAUCUUGGGUGAUAAUUUUCCAACAGAACCGCAGCAAGUGGGGGGCAAUGGCUGAUUACCUUUAUUUCAUUAUUCCUAAGGGUAUACCCUAGUCAUAGGACUGUUAUGUCUUCUAAAAUCUAUUUUAUCGGUGUAAGAAAAAUUGUGAUGUUCAUUAAUGUAUUUGUCUUAUACCAUAAUUUUAAAAAUAUUUUAAACCAAGAAUUUCUGUAAAUGGUGAUACAUAUUAUUAAUUACAGUCUAUAUACUUCUCCAUGGCAACAUAUUGUUUGGAUGCUGGGAAAGUUUUAUAGGGCUGAGUUAUUUAGUUAACAUAUGAUUUGAAUUUGUACAUGAAACAAAAGCAUUGCAUUCCCAUUAGUGAACAGAUUUUGUUGUAAUGAUGGCAUUUGGUUAAAUGGAUGCAUGUACAAGGCUAUGUAUUUGCCUUGUCCCAGAAUUACCUUGACUAAUCCAUUUCUGAAUGUUGUAUUUUAAUUUACUGUUGAUUGUCUCCAUUGCACCUGAAAGUCAUGUAACAGAUUUAAUUACUUACCUUCUUCUAAGUAUAUCAUAGCAUAAGGUGAAAUAAGUUAGUGAAAGUGGCUUUAUUAUUUGUAAGUGAAUCUUUAUGUUGUAUAUUUGAUUACGAAGAAGUACUUUUCCUUUUCUUUUUCAUGGUGUGGACAUUGUCAUAAGCAUAUGAUAGUUUUCAUCAUCAUUGCAUUCCUAUUCAUUACAUACAGAAAAAAUGUGUAAUUUUUUGUAAAUCUUUCAUGAAAAGUAAGGGAAAUGAAAGUAAACUUGUCAGGCCAUAUCUUGUAUAUUCCAUGAUUUUAAAUAAAAAUUAAUGCCAAA